AUGGUCAUUCAGUGUCACUACGCAUCGUCAUUUAAGCCAUACAACGUCGUAUGUUACUUCGCCAGCUGGUCGGUCUACCGAGAAGGAGCUGGUGCCUUCAACAUCAGCUACAUUAUCCCAAGCUACUGCACCCAUUUGGUGUACACCUUCGCUGGACUGAACCUGGCCGGUGGAGUCGAUUCCUUGGACUACUACAACGACAUCAAUGUUAACAAGGGUUAUGCAAAGAUCGUUGAACUGAAGGAGGAGAAUCCAUGUCUGAAGGUGAUCUUGGCAGUUGGGGGAUGGAAUGAAGGAUCGGAGAAAUAUUCAUUGAUGGCGGAAUCGGAGGAAACCAGAAAUGCCUUUGCUGACCAUGCUUUACGGUUUUUGGUUCACUUUGGAUUUGAUGGUCUUGACUUAGACUGGGAGUAUCCAACAACGAGAGGUGGCCUUCCGGAGGAUCGUGAAAAUUUCGUUCUCUUACUGGAGACAUUGCGCGACAAAUUCCAGCAUCGAAAGAAACUGCUUACCAUUGCGUUGAGCGGUUCAACAAGUGUUAUUGAGCAAGCUUAUAACAUAAAAGCGUUGUGCGAAAUCUUGGACUUCAUAAAUCUUAUGGGCUACGACUACGGUUUAAAGACGAAGACCAGUGUAGAUGCACCGUUGUAUCCCGAUCAGACGACACGAUCCGAAUCCAUUGAUGGUGCCAUUUCGUUGAUUCGCAAAAGUGGUUGUCCACUGACUAAGAUUAAUCUUGGAAUUCCAACCGUGGCUAAGACAUAUACUUUGAAACCGGAAGCGGCUGGCCGAGCUACACCAGGUGCCGAUGUUCAAGGCCAGGGACGGGCAGGACCUUUCACGAAGAACGCAGGUACUCUCGGCUUCAAUGAGCUGUGCGCAAUGAUGGAAGAGAGCAAAUGGAAUAUCAAACCGUUGAGGAAUGUGGGUGUAAAAAUUGCUGUUCUAAAAGAUCAAUGGGUAACCUAUGACGAUCGGGAAACGGUAGCGGAAAAGACCCAGUACGCCAAGGAUAAAGGUUUGGGUGGUGUGAUGUUCUGGACGGUCGAUACCGAUGAUUUUCAUGGCGAUUGCUACAAUGAAGCUUAUCCGUUGCUGCUAGCAGCAAAUAAGAUAUUUAAGUACGUUUAA